GUAAUGCGGAGAGGCGAGCUUUAUUACAGCAGAACAGACGGAUCUAAUGAACAUCAGGAUGCUGCGGUCAUGGACGUGUGGAAGCGCAUCGGAGGUCCUGAUGCGGGAGGAUCUGAUGUGCACUGAUCUGUUUGGGUCACCAGAAGGAAGGAGCUGCUGAAAAUGCGGUGAUUUGGGUGGAAACACGGCGUGCAUUUGCCCUGAUGAAGCAAAGCGGAUAUCUUCGACAGGUUGCUUAACCAAUACCCAGAACCCAGAUGGAGACGCUACUGGUUUAUUUGAUGGUUGUUGUAUUGGCGUUAAAGGCCCAGAAGAUCCAAGUAUGUCCCAAGCGCUGCAUUUGCCAGGUUUUGUCCCCCAAUCUGGCCACCUUGUGUGAUAAAAAGGGGCUGCUGUUUGUCCCUCCAAACAUCGACAGACGCACCGUCGAGCUCCGACUGGGGGACAACUUCAUCACGGGCAUCAAGCAGAAGGAUUUCGCCAACAUGACCAAACUGGUGGACCUGACGCUCUCUAGGAACACGAUAGGAUCGGUCACGCCUCACGCUUUCAACGAUUUGGAGAACCUCCGCGCCCUUCAUCUGGACAGCAACCGCUUGACCCACAUAACGAACGAUACGUUUAGCGGCAUGUCCAAGCUGCACCAUCUCAUUCUCAACAACAACCAGCUCACGCACAUCCACAUAGGAGCGUUCAACGACCUUCUCGCGCUGGAAGAGCUGGAUUUAUCCUACAACAACCUGGAGAGCGUGCCGUGGAUCGCCAUCCAGCUCAUGAGCAACCUACACACCUUAAACCUGGACCACAACAUGAUCAACUACAUUCCCGAAGGGACCUUCUCCGGGCUUCAGAAGCUCAAGCGUCUGGAUGUAACGUCCAAUAAGCUCCACAAGCUUCCGCCCGAUCCGGUCUUCCAGCGCGCUGGAGUUUUAGCCACGUCUGGCGUUUUGGGUCCGUCGUCGUUCGCGUUAAGUUUCGGAGGAAACCCGCUGCAUUGUAACUGCGAGUUGCUGUGGCUUCGACGGCUGCGGCGCGAGGAUGAUCUGGAGACCUGCGCGGCUCCACAGCAUCUCGCCGGACGCUAUUUCUGGACCGUAUCCGAGGAGGAGUUCCUGUGCGAGCCGCCGCUCAUCACUAGACACUCGCAAGAGACUCGUGCUCUCGAAGGCCAGCAGGUUUCCUUGCGCUGCAAAGCCCGCGGCGACCCAUAUCCCGUCAUGCAUUGGAUCGCUCCGGACGGGAAGCUGGUAUUCAACUCCAGUCGCACCGUCCUCCACUCGGACGGGACACUGGACAUCCUAAUCAGCACGGUCAAGGACUCUGGGACUUUCACUUGUGUCGCGUCUAACCCAUCUGGAGAGGCGCAGCAGACAGUGGAUCUGCUCAUCACUAAACUUCCACAUUUCACCAACGACACCAGUAUGGUCCAAGAGCCGGACCCGGGGUCGUCUGACAUCGCCACUUCUGCCAAGACAAGCGGAGACGGAGGCUCCUCGAUGGGCAACAAGGGUGGACAGGAGAAGAGGGUCCUGAUCUCGGAGAUCACCGCAGCCACGGCUCUGGUGAAGUUCAACUUUCAGAGGAAUAUCCCAGGGAUUCGGAUGUUCCAGGUCCAAUACAACGGCACUUACGAUGACUCAUUAGUGUACAGAAUGAUUCCUCCGACCAGUAAAAGCAUCACGGUCAACAACCUGGCAGCAGGAACUACGUACGACCUGUGCGUUCUGGCCAUUUACGACGACGCCAUGACCGCGCUGACGGCCACACGCGUGGUGGGCUGCGUUCACUUCGCCACCGAGCCGCAGUAUAUGCGCUGCCACUUCAUGCAGUCACAGUUCCUCGGCGGCACCAUCGUGGUCAUCAUCGGCGGCAUGAUCGUGGCGUCCGUCCUGGCCUUCAUCAUCUUCCUCAUUGUGCGCUACCGGCUGUGCCAGCAGGAGGGCGCGGAUAAAGGCGUGGAGCUGGGCGACAUGCACUCUCAGUCCGAGCAUCAGGUGUGUGGCAUCAUCAAGUCCAUGUCCAAGCAGGUUCUGGGUCCAGACGCGUGUCGGAAGGUAUCGCCGCAGAGCGAAUCCAUGCCAUCCCGACAGUCCAAGCCGGCUCUUCCGGACUGCACCGUCACCACAUCCGCCGCCAGUCACAGCUGGCAUCCCGCAUCCCCCAGUCCGGUUCGUCCGGCACGCACGGACACGCAAGUCAACGUAGAGCCAGACAACACCAACAAGAACAACUCGGCCAAGCUGCGUCCAACCGUGCGCGCCUACUCCACCAUGGUGACGCCGGCGUCGAACCUCCACAACUACCAGACGGUCCCGGUGGGCUGCGUGCGUGUGAGCCGCCGUCACUCGCUGAACGUAGACUCGUGCAAACAUCCGGCGUACAUGAGCUACCCGCAGCCGCUGCGUUCCAAACGCAGCUUAUCCAUGAGCGGCGGCGAUAUUCCCCAGAUGGACUCGGGCGAGAGGCGCAGCGGGAGAUCCUCGCUGUCCCAGUCCGAGUGGGUUCUGGAAAGCACAUUAUAA